AAUCUGGUGAGUCGACUGCAACUCACUCACUAUCCGUCUUGACCCAUGUUCCGUGAGGAUUGAGAGUGAGGAGGUAUCGAGCCUCGAUUCAGGUGUACCAUUUCCCGCUGGAGGAUCAAUGGCUGGAUGGCGGUUUGGCUGGGCUGGUCUGGGCUGGUCUGGUCUCCCACCCGCGGGCCUUUGAUAAUCCAGCGAACCGAGCAUUGCCUAUGUACCAAUUCCCCCUCUUCCGACGCGCUAUCCGAGCCAAUCCGUGCAAGACUAAGCAACUUAUUACCAGCGUUGGCAGUUACUCAAUCUAGACCUACUCAAUCAGUCUUCCACUCAAUCCAAUCCGGCUAUUUUUGCCUUAUUCAAUCCCCUCAAUCCACGCGGAAGUAGAUUGAGUUAAAGUCAAUCCAAGUAGGUAGCUAUUAAAUAUUUUUUCAAUACCC